GAGAUGGUAUCAUUUUAAAACUAGCUUCGAACUCGGACAAAUAUCUGAAAAGGAAGUCCGCCUUCAGUCCAGCUGCAAUUACUGCUUCUUCGGUGUGGAUUAAACUCGCGGUGUGAUCUCGCUGUCUAUCGACCAAAAAUCAAAGACAAUAAAAUAACCCAAGUAGUCAUGAACAAGUUCGGCGUGAUCGUUGUUUUGUCUGCUGUAGCAGUGUGUUUCGCUGAACCACCAGUAGGCGGUGGAUACAGCUACAGUUCAGGAGGACAUGGAUCAUUCGGAGGCUCCGGCGGUGGCUAUUCCUCCUCUUAUGCCAGUGGAUUUGGCGGAGGAUAUGUAGGUUCCGGAAUCGGAGGAGAUCUUUCUAGCUUUAGUGGCGGAGACUACCACGCUGUCAGCUCCGGACACCAAACCUAUGAAGGACAAUACGUAGAUCCAACCUUGUUGCACAAAGUUAAGGAAAUCCUUCUCGAUCACGAGAAUUUGGAAGAGAGCACCCGCGGGCAUGGAGGAAUUGGAGGUUUCGGAGGUGGAUACCCAUCCUCAACCUAUGGAGUACCAGCACCUACCUAUGGAGUUCCACACUACAAUUCACGAGUUGUUGCUAUUGAAUUGGGACACAUCAACCCAUCAAUCCAAGUAGCUCAAUACCACCAAGCUGGAUACAGCCACACCCCAUCUGGCUCAUACGGUGUACCUGCCAUUCCAUCCGGAUCAUAUGGAGUCCCAUCAAGCUCAUAUGGUGUACCACACUAGUCCUCUACAAUUAGAAUUAAAUCGUCACGUUUACCUACUUCCCCCGCUAUUGUACCUACAUUGAUGUAGGGCUUCCUGUAUAUAUUUUCCUUUUUUGUAUGGGAGUUUUAUAAUGUAAAUAAAUUUUUCUUGUUGUUUUUUAUAAA